CUUUAUCCUUUUCAUUGUGUGCUUUGCAUAUACCCCCCUUCAAAUUCAUUUUCAUUCCUCUAUUUGUUAGAUGCACCUUUUAGUCCAAUGCAACAUAAGCACCUAACAGUCUGUUAGCUAUUUUUCUCAAAUUCCCUUCACCACCAAUAUCAUUCAUCUGGCAAGGCAAAAUAAGUCCAAUUGGGUGAAGAGGAGCAAAUACAUUCAUGGCUGGGGCAUUCAAAAAAUGCAUGCUGUGUUGUACAAGCAAGAUUGUGUCGAAGGAAGACAUGGCUGCAGAAUCAUACGAAGAAACCAUCGCAACACUCACCAGACUUCUCCAGGAGAAAGCUGAACUAGGAGGAAUCGCCGCCGUUAAGAUAAAGCAGCUGACGGCGGAGUUACAGGCAAACGGUUCAAAGCCGUUUAACCCGGAAGAGAGGAUCCGAUCCGGAUUUGUUCAUUUCAAGACAGAGAAAUUUGAGAAAAAUCCUGAUCUGUACGGUGAACUAGCCAAAGGCCAGAGCCCAAAGUUUAUGGUUUUUGCUUGCUCAGACUCUAGAGUUUGUCCUUCCCACAUUUUGGAUUUCCAACCUGGUGAAGCUUUUGUGGUCAGAAACAUCGCUAACAUGGUUCCACCAUAUGACAAGACCAAGUAUUCGGGAGCAGGGGCGGCCAUUGAAUAUGCUGUCUUACAUUUAAAGGUGGAGAAUAUAGUAGUUAUUGGACACAGCUGCUGUGGAGGUAUAAAGGGGCUCAUGUCUAUCCCAGAUGAUGGGACCACCGGAAGUGAUUUCAUAGAACAAUGGGUCCAGAUAUGUAAUCCAGCUAAGUCCAGGGUUAAAGCUGAAACAAGCAGCUUAAGCUUCUCAGAGCAGUGUACAAACUGUGAAAAGGAAGCUGUGAAUGUAUCACUUGGGAACUUAUUGACUUAUCCAUUUGUGAGAGAUGCGGUUGUGAAGAAAACACUUGCUUUGAAAGGAGCACACUACAAUUUUGUUAAUGGCACUUUUGAGCUGUGGGAUUUGAAUUUCAACCUUUUGCCCUCUAUAUCCAUUUAAGGUUUCUCCAACACCAAAGUAAAUUUGCAGUAAAUAUGAUGAACAAUAGUUCUUUUGGCAGAGUAUUUUGUUAAUUUCAAUUGGUAAAGCACCAAGAAAGAAACAUACAUUCAGCUAUAAUAAUGUUUUGUGAACAAACAACAAUAACUUGAGUGUUUUGUUUUCAUAUCAAUAUAUUUUCUCCAUUUAUUUA